UGGCGAGAUCGGCGAUGUAUUAUCAAACAAAUCUAUACCUAUUUAGUUGUUGCAUUGUCUCAAAUAAAAAAAUAGUGAGAAUUUUUUAAGCUUUUUUUUUUAAGCUAGUAAAGCUUAAAAAAUUUUAGUAACUAUAUAACUUUACUAAUAAGAUGAUAAAUCCACGAUCUUUAAUUGUUAUUAAUAUAUGCAAAAAUGUGUUUUCCAAUCACGCAAAAUAUUCCUCUUCAGCCCUUCCAAGAUUGUCGUCGGAAAAAUAUAAUGUAAAACGAAAAAGCUUUGGUACUAUACACACAACAGAUAUAAAUUAUUUUAAAUCAAUAUUAAGUGAAGAUCGGGUUAUAACUGACGAAUCUGAUGUUUUACCAUUUAACAUAGAUUGGAUAAAAAAUUGCCGAGGUCAAUCAAAAGUUGUGUUGAAACCAAAAACAACUGAGGAAGUGUCACAAAUACUUUCAUACUGCAAUGGUAAAAAAUUAGCAGUAUGUCCUCAAGGUGGAAACACAGGGCUGGUGGGAGGAUCAGUGCCAGUUUUUGAUGAAAUUAUUCUUAGCCUCAGUUCCAUGAAUCAAAUUAUUAGUUUGGAUGAAAUAUCAGGUGCUCUUGUAUGUGAAGCAGGAUGCAUCUUAGAAAAUUUGGACAACUACGUGCGAGAGCGUAAUCUUAUAAUGCCCCUUGACCUUGGCGCCAAAGGGUCUUGUCAAAUUGGUGGCAACAUAAGCACAAAUGCUGGGGGCUUGAGAUUAUUGAGAUAUGGAAAUCUACAUGGAUCUGUUUUGGGCCUUGAAGCUGUCAAAGCAGAUGGUACAGUUAUUGACUGUUUGCGGACUCUGAAGAAAGACAACACAGGAUAUCACUUGAAACACCUUUUCAUUGGAUCUGAAGGCAGCUUGGGUAUUGUGACUAAGGUUGCUAUACAUUGCCCACCAUUGUCAAAAUCUGUAUCGCUUGGAUAUUUUGGUGUUAAAACAUUUGAUGAUGUAUUAAAAUUGUAUAAAAGCGCUAAAUCAUCACUAGGUGAAAUAUUGUCUGCAUUUGAAAUGGCAGAUAGAGGAGCAAUUAGUUCUACUGUACAAAAUCUGAAACUUUCUAAUCCCUUGGACGAUUUUCCAUUCUAUGUACUGAUAGAAACCAGUGGAAGCGAUGAAGAGCACGACAGCGAAAAACUUAACCGCUUUCUUUCCAAAGAAAUGGAACGAGGUGUCAUCGUAGAUGGCACUGUCACUUCGGAACCAGCUAAAAUGCGGAACAUAUGGAACAUUCGAGAAAGUAUAGCAGGAGCCGGUUUAGUAGAUGGUUACGUGUUCAAAUACGACGUUUCUAUACCGCAGAAAAACUAUUACGAUAUAGUUCUCUCGCUUCGUGAAAGAUUAGGUCAUAAGGCUGUAAAUGUUUACGGAUAUGGGCAUGUUGGUGACGGCAAUAUCCAUAUAAAUGUAACCGUGACGGAAUAUAGUAAAGAAAUGUACGACAUGUUGGAACCAUACAUUUUUGAGGAAGUCGCAAGAUUGAGAGGUUCUAUUAGCGCAGAACAUGGGGUCGGCUUCCGCAAACCAAACUUCAUACACUAUAGUAAAGACGAAUCCGCAUUACAACUGAUGAGCGACUUGAAAAAAAUGAUGGAUCCCAACGGAAUUCUUAACCCUUACAAAGUGUUACCCGAUUGAAUCAUUGUAUAAAUUGACCUAUAUUGGAUCUUUGUGUAUUUUUUAUAAAUAUGUCACUAUCAAGUUACUAUAUUAAAAUAU